CGCACUCGAUCAGUCUAACUUUUUUCGUAGCUAAUCGUUGAUCGCCAACCAGGAAGCGACAGCAUUCUCGCACAUCCAUCCAUUCCCCUUCAAUUGUCAACUUCCCUAUCCACCCACCAAACACCCCACCUUCGGCCCACACUCGCUUCACCACUAAACACCACAUCUACCGAUCUACGGCUGCCACCGAACAAAACACGCCACGGUCCUUGGGCGCCCCCCGGGAUACAACAGUUACCUGGUACAAUCAAACAAGUGUCACCCAAUCACCACUCAUCCACUCAUACCCGAAAAAAAAAGAAAUCAGAUAAAUAUCGGGAACACACGGCAAGGAGGUUUGCGAAUCCAUCGACCAAACCAACCACCAGCUCCAGCAUCCUUCAAAAGUCCUUACAAAACACCGGACGAGGACUGCGCGAUCAAAGAGCCAUCGGGAGCGAUUAAAGAGGGAACGAGCAGCGAUAAAGUUAAGACCCGAUAUUGAGCGAAGUGAAGCCACCAACAUUGACCGGCACCUAACUCCCGCCUCAAAAACCAAAAUCCUCGGGCAAUUCGCCUUCACCGCUCUUUUGCAAAAAAAAAGAGAAAAACCAGCGACCAGCUUAACCCAGCGUGUCUGGGAAGUGUGUGGCGGCAAGUGUUACCCAUCUGCAAAUAGCGCGUGCGGCCGUACGAUAAGGAUCCCCACUGGGGGCGGUGACGGUUUCGCCUGUUUUGUUACGAUUUACAUGCGCGCGGUUUAGUUACGCGGUGUUCGGCGCAGUUGAAACUUUUGUUAUUUGUUUGCACACAAUUGUUCGUUUAGUUAGGGGCAGCGUUGUUUGUUUGUUUGAAUAUUCGUUAGCCAAACCCACCCGCCGUAGCCCCGCACCGGUCAAGUUUUGUUUGGUGGUUUGGUGUUGUUACGUUGUUUUUUCGUUUAUUUUUUUUUGUAAUGUUUAAUUUCUAAUAAGUAAGGUACUGUUUGUUUGAAAUCGUUACGAUUUGUCGGGCCAUUUUAGUUAUCCUCGUGCGCCGCAAUUUGCACCACGCGUGUUUUGUGUGUUUUUAUUAGGCCUGCGCCGUUUGUUCUUCUGCAUGUGUGUGCGUCGGUGGUGUACUCGUGUAUCGGUGGUCCGGAGUUGGUGAAAGAAUUUAAAACGCCCUCGCCCGGACGUCAGGAAACGCACAGCACACUGGACGGUUUAGGUGAGUGCUGGAAAGGACUCCCACACCGUUAGAUUUGUGCAGGCAGGCAGGCAAAAGUUGCAAAAAACCGCAAGUGAACAUCAGAGGUGCCCAACCUCUGGGUGGGAAAACGUUAAAAACAGACCUUUAGCUGCUACGUACAAGGCGAGUUACAGGCGCCAUCUUUUGAAGCCACCCAACAAAUCUACAACAAUCCGCCCAAAAGCACAAUGGCGUACACUGGGCUGAUACUGGCCGUACUGACCAUCAUACUGUCGGUCGUCUGCUACUUCAAGAUACUGUACGAAUGGCAUCGGAAGGUACGCAUCCAAACCGUACGCCCUGCCCGACUACAGAAGGUAGCCGUACGGGCGGCGACACCCCAACAAUCAACCACCGAGCUGAUGACGUUCCCGCAGGCACCCGGUCCGGUACCGUGGCCAAUUCUCGGGAGUCUCGCAUUCCUGGGCCAGUACGACGUACCGUUCGAGGGAUUUACCGCCCUGGCGAAGAAGUACGGCGAUCUGUACAGCAUCACGCUCGGCUCGACACGCUGUCUCGUCGUCAACAAUCUCGACCUGAUCCGGGAGGUGCUGAACCAGAACGGACGCUACUUCGGCGGACGGCCCGACUUUCUGCGCUUCCACAAGCUGUUCGGUGGUGACCGGAAUAACUCACUCGCCCUGUGUGACUGGUCGACCCUGCAGCAAAAGCGUCGCAAUCUCGCCCGGAAGCACUGUUCACCGAGCGAUGCCUCGAGCUACUAUCAGAAGAUGAGCGACGUGGGCGUGAUGGAGAUGCAUCGCUUCAUGGACCAGCUGGACGAGGUGGUAUGCCCCGGGAAGGAUUUCAAGGUAAAGCCACUGAUUAUGCAGGCGUGCGCGAACAUGUUCAGCCAGUACAUGUGCUCGGUCCGGUUCGACUACAACGAUCAGGACUUUAUGGCGAUCGUGCGCAACUUCGACGAGAUCUUCUGGGAGAUCAAUCAGGGAUAUGCGGUGGACUUUCUGCCGUGGCUGGCACCGUUUUACCACAAGCACAUGAGCAAGCUGACGCGCUGGUCCGCCGAGAUUCGGGACUUUAUUCUCGAGCGGAUCGUCAACGAACGGGAACAAACACUCGGCGACGAUGAUACGGAGCGGGACUUUGCCGAUGCGCUACUGAAGAGUCUUCGUCUGGAUCCGUCGGUAACGCGCGACACCAUCAUGUACAUGCUGGAGGACUUUCUCGGUGGACAUUCGGCCAUCGGGAAUCUGGUGAUGUUGGCACUCGGCUACAUUGCCAAACAUCCGGAAGUGGGCCACCGUAUCCAGCGUGAGAUCGAUCGUAUUACCGAGCGGGGCAAACGCAACGUCACGCUGUACGAUACGGAGAGCAUGCCCUACACGGUCGCAACCAUCUUCGAGGUAUUGCGGUACUCGUCCUCACCGAUCGUACCGCACGUCGCGACGGAAGAUACGUGCAUUGCUGGGUAUGGCGUCACCAAGGGUACGGUGGUAUUCAUCAACAACUACGAGCUCAACACGAGCGAACGAUACUGGACCGAACCGAAACGCUUCAAUCCAAGCCGAUUCAUCGAGACGGCAACGCUGGCCCAGAUCCGGACGGAUCUGCGUGACUCCCCGACCGCCAAGCAGGAUCUCACCAACAUCAUCAAGACGAACGGUGUCAGCAGCGAGAACGAGCGCACGCUACAGAUCGAGCGGGUGCGCAAGAACAUUCCACACUUUCUGCCGUUCAGCAUCGGCAAGCGUACCUGCAUCGGGCAGAAUCUGGUGCGCGGGUUCAGCUUCAUCAUUAUCGCAAACAUACUGCAGAAGUACGACAUCCACUCGAACGACCUCAGCCAGAUUAAGAUGUACCCGGCGUGUGUGGCCGUCCCGCCCGACACAUACCCGCUCGCCUUCACACAGCGCUCAACAAUGGCGGCUUAGUAGCCCAGUAGUAGCAAUAGCAAUAGAUAGUAAUCAUAGUAGCAAUAGGUACGCAGUAGGGACCAUCUAUUUCUCCCCCCCCCCACCCCCCUCGAAGGAUGUCCGAGAUGUCCUAUAUGUUUGAGGCGUGCGUCACAACGAGACACUGUACAUAGUUCAAUGCCUUCAUCGAGUGGCUUUCCAGACGCUCGGCAGUACGCCUCUAUACGAUAUAUGCAAUAUUUGUCAUCGCACCGUAAAACAAAAACACCCGCACACACACACACAUACGUAUUAACUUAUUAACCAUGCAGAUAACCGCACACCAGCACAUCGCUUACGGGGCAAGCUUCUACUGCCGGAUCUACCUACUCUUCAUCAGAGCCGCAUUCGCUUAGCAAAACCUGCACGCACCUUUUGUUGGGUUAGGAUUUUCAUUGUAGGUUUUCGCAAAAAAAGGAACGCACUAUCGUUCGUCAGUCAGCUAGUAAGGAUUAAGGCUUUGCGUUACGUUCACACUGGCAAGGCUAGUAACGCAGUAAGGUGACUUAGUAUCUUCCGAAGCGCACACUGGGACAGGCAAACUAUGUUUCGACUUACAUUCCUACGGAAUACGACCAGGUCAGGAGGAAAUGUUUUUUUUCUUCGCGUUAAAUUAAACAAAAGAGCACAUUUGUGUAUGUGUGUGUGUGGACGUGCGCGCGUGUUUGUGGGCGCUCAAACAUUUACUUAUCUAUACGUAUGCAAGUACAUGGACGUAUACAAGAGACAUACAACUAUAAAUUAAAUAAGAGCUAAGACUGAUUUUUUCAUCUUUACCCUGUGAGACAGAUCUAGACGAAUUCUAUCAAAUUCCAAACGAAAGCCAGAACGGUUGCACUAAUAAGUAGCAAACCGUUAGCCGAAUCUCCUUCGCCUGAAGAAUUUGUUUUAUACUUAUGAUAUGUAUAUCUUUAGCUCCCGCUAUCAGCCAAGGUUUCUCACUUCCCCUUAAAUUCAAUCCGCCCCUCCCCUCCCCCUUCCACCCGUCUUUCCCACACUUCCCAUAAUCUUUUUACUCAUGUUUUUUUUUUAAGGAACACGCGCACAAUCCGCCACGAUUAGAAGGAGCAAAAGCAUAGCUAUGUUAGAGUUUUUUUUUCUUCAGGGAUUUACUGUGAGACGUGAUUAUUUAUGAAAUGAAAGUAAAAUAAAUCGCAUUUAAUUUGUUAUUUGCCUCGACGAGUGUAAA